CGCACGACGACGCGCAUCGACGAGGUGCGCCGACCGCAUGACGGCGCCACGAGAAACGGCGUCGCGACGCUGUCGUCAGGCGGCGCCGGUCGCGGAGAAACGUGGCGUGUGGGGUGUACGGGUGCGGUACCGUGCGGUGCGGUGCGGAACGUGCGGGCGGCCGCAACAGACGGGAAAACAACAGCGCCUCCGUCGCCGACGAUUGUUGUUGUCGUCGUGAUCGUCGGCGGAUUCCUCCAGGUCGGCCUUCCAGUCGCCGCCGUGCGUUUCGCUUUCGAUCGCUCUCGUGUGUGUGGCUCCCAGAGAAACUCGUCCGCGCGAGCCUCGAGUGUGAGCGCGAGCGCACACGCAUUCCUCUUCUCUCUCUCUCUCUCUCUCUCUCUCACGCUCUCCUACCCCGUCUUACGCCGUCGCGUACCUCUUCUUCUCCUCUCUCCCUGUUUCUCUUUCUGUCAUUCAUAUCUUUUCGCCUGGCUUCUCUUCCUCGUCGGCGCGCUCUCCCGGAGACCGUACGCGCGCGGCGCUUAUCGCUCGCUUAUUCACCUGGCUACACCCAGACCAUCAGUUUUGCCCGCGCUCAUCGAGUCAUCGCGGUCUCCCCGGCGCGGCGGUGGAACUCCGGUGCGCGCGAGAAACCUAGCUUCACCUAGCCUAAACGCAUCCCCGCGGCCUACCAGCGCUGUCGGAAAAAAGGCAACCGGCGGCGAGUGCGCGAGAGACGUCUUUCGCUUUCCGUGGACGUCCGCUCCGCGUGCUCCUCGCGCGCGAUGCGUCAGUGCCCGGGUGUGUUGUACGUGCAUGCGUGUCAAUGUGCCGGUGCAGCGAGACGACGACGACGAUCCGUUUUCCCUCUCUCGCGUCGUCGUUGUUGUUGUUGUCGGCUUACCGUUCCGGCAUCACCCUGCUGUCUGUGAUUAAUUGAGCCUCGGCGACGAGACCGACCCUCCUCUUACUCCUCGCAUGGCUACCGCGUCGCGCGCCGACGAUCCUGUCGACACCCGUCGUCGCCGUCACCGUCGAGGAGAACCUCCUUCGAGGCCGGCAGUAGCAACGGCAGCAGGGAGGUACUUGCUGCAACGUCCAACACUUGAACAAUACAGAAGAUCUGAACUGAACGAUUCUAAAUUUCUCUCAGGAUCAUGCGCGAACUGACAAUUCAUGAUUUAAUCGCACGGACUAGAGUGAAUAAUUUCCUACGCAACGGCGAGAGGAUAUCAAAGAAGGCGCAUAGUAUAAUGAUCGUUUUGAAAUAAUUCAACGUAUAUACAAGAAGAAAACCCUAUUGCCUUCAGCCUAGGAGCGAAACUAUAGCAUUCCCCGAUGCCGGAGAAGGAACGAUUUCUGCCAAAAGCGUUUGAAUUUUAAAGGAGCAUGCUAGAACAUUUGCGUUCGUUCACGUAAACUCGCGUAGAAAUUCUCCCGGCUAGAGAAACAUGGAGGAUAUAAAAGUGCCGAACCUAGGGCAGGCGGCAUCGGCCGCGUGUUCUAUGGCGACCAAUUUCCUGGCGCCGGUAAAGACCGAGCGCCAGAUCUACGAGAAUUCGAUGCUCGAGGACGAUCCCAAUGCCAAUUCGGUGGUGCCGACCUCGCAGGAGGACAGAACCGUGCCCAGAUGGGGUCCGAAUCACAAAGGCGCCCAGGAACUUGCAAAUUUAUACAGCACCGGGAAGAGGACACAAGAGUGCAUCUGUGUGGGAAUCUGCAUCACUCUCAUAGCUGUGAAUUCUAUGUUUGUGCUCAUCAGGUUACGAUUGGAAAAUGCGAGUUCCAUAGCAAUAGCUGCACUGUGCGGUAUUAUCACGGCCGACUUUGGCUCCGGUUUGGUUCACUGGGCCGCGGAUACUUGGGGAUCCGUUGAACUUCCGAUUCUAGGGAAGAAUUUUCUACGACCAUUUCGCGAGCAUCACAUAGAUCCUACCAGUAUAACGAGACACGAUUUUAUAGAGACUAACGGCGAUAAUUUUAUGGUUGCGAUACCAGUCCUGUCCAAGCUCACAUGGGACUUUUUAACGUUGCCCGAAGUGGAAAUGCAACAAAAGUUUGUGUGGACGUGUUAUUGGUUCCUGCUUGCCAUUUUUGUAGCAAUGACUAAUCAAAUACACAAGUGGUCGCAUACGUAUUUUGGAUUACCUGCAUGGGUCAUAUGGCUUCAGGAACACAGGAUUAUCUUGCCGAGGAAGCAUCACCGCGUGCACCACGUCGCACCCCAUGAGACUUACUUCUGCAUCACCACGGGAUGGUUGAACUGGCCUUUAGAGAAACUUCACUUUUGGUACAUCCUGGAGGUGAUAAUCGAGUGGUCCAUCGGCUGUAAACCCAGAGCCGACGAUUUGAAAUGGGCGCAAAAACGUUCUUGAGAAUUAAUUAUCGUUCUCCUUUCGCUACUGUACAUUUUACUGUAUGAUCGAGAUAUUUAACGUACGGCCAAACGUCAGAAACACAACCAAAACACAGACAUCGAAUUACGAGGUAGAGACUAAGUGGAAAAUUUGUAUGGGCAAUAGUAACAAAAAGCUUGUAUACUUGGAAUCUUUAAUUGUCCGAAGAAGUAUCGAGGUAUGCAUACACAAUUUCUUUCUUUUUGUACUACGAGGCCUUCUGUGAAAACAGAACGUGUAAAGAUAAAUAACGAUUAUUCGAUAUGCUUUUAAAGUUUACACGUUUUUAAUACGUACGCGCAAUAAUACGUGUAUAUAUAUAUGUACGACAAAUAAGAAAUAAGCAUGUGAAUUUCGGAAUCACGCUUAACAAAAUUGCAAUCUGUUACAACAUCACUAUGUCGAUAACUUCUUUAUGUAUCGCACAAUCAUCGCGUAUAAAAUUGCACAAACCUAUAAAUCUUAUUUUAACACGAUAUACAGAGCAAUUCGAGAAGCAACCGUGAUAUUAAAGGCCAGAUUCGGGGCGUAAUAAUAAGCGUAAUAAAUACCUCAUAUUUUUUUAAAACGCACUAUUGCAUUUUUCUAAUGUGUGAUCAGAACGAAUAAAAGUGAACACUAUAAAAAUUAUAUAAUAACACAUGAUAGAUAUGCGCAUAUAUAUUUGUACAUAUAUGGUUUCUGCAUAUACGCGCGCAUGUGUACAUAUACAUAUAUAACCCGAUUAUUAGUUGUAUAAACAUCUUUGAAUGAAAGGAAAUUAUCGAUUUAUUGAUUUAUUUCGUAUACAAAGCGUCUACGAAGAACAUUGUCAAACUAUGAAAAACAAAUUUUUUAGAAUGCAACUGCAAUGUUUAUCAAUAUAAAUGCUCCAAUAUUGUCUCCUACAUAAAGAAAAACUCCCUGAACCUCCUAAAAUAUUUAUAUGAGAUUAAUCAAAAUCUAUGUUUGCAUAUAUAGAUACAUUGAUUGAAACUAACCAAAUUGUCAAUUUAUAAAUUUUACUACAUGUAUUUUUAAUGGCACAUUUUUUUCAUUGAGAUAAGUUUUCUAAUAUUCAAUAAAAAAAAUAACUUUCUCAAAAUAAAAUUUUAUCACAUGCUUUUAUUUUAAUAAUUAAAAAAAUUUUUUAUUCCUUAAUUCUUGUAUAAAUUGACAAUUUGAUUUUCAAUCUUGUAUUUUUAAGGAUAUUGAUUUCAUUACUAAAUGAAAUUUUCAUUAUUAAAACUUGGGGCUAAGAAUUGUACGGUGUUGUUAGACAUCUGCCUGCGCUAUCGUUGUGUCUUGCUUAUUAGUAAGACGUAUGUCGUAAUUAAGCAUGUUAAAUGCAACGUAUUUACAGCGUGCGUUAUAGCCAUUCAUUAUAGAAAAAUAAAAUUUUAAGAAAUGACAUUCAUGACAUUUAAACAAUUGCUAACACAGAAAGAAAAAUUUUCAUUGUUAUAGCUAACCACGGUUUGCUAAGGCUGUAUUUGCUGUCGUAACUAUAAAUUUAUGAACUACAGUAAAACGAUUUGCUGUUGUUCUUAAUACAUUAGUAAAAUAGCAAAACAUGCAUGUCUAUCAGAAUCACAUCGUAACAUAAAAAUAGUUAUUGGAAUUAACCAAUGUGUCAGUGAUACGUAGGUAAUAAAUGGUAGCUAAUUAAUAUAGUUACCUAGAAUAACUUUUAGCUACAGAGUAUAUUUUGGCAAAUAUUUUUUGUAGUUAAAUUUGUGUAUCAGGUAACUAAACUCUUUCAACUAAAAUCACAGAUAAGAUAUUAGCUGUCCAUAUAUUACGACGUAAUUUAGUUACCAUACGCAGUUUUUAGCUACGACAGUUACUUUAAAGCAAAGCAGGAACGUAACAAAGUAUAUAUGAAUUAAUGAAAAAUUAAAAUUUUUAAAUAAGUACGUGUUAUUAAGAUUUUGUUACACGCACGUAUGUUUCUUUGCACACUGGCUACACUUCUUGGCUCACAACAUGUAAUCAGGGGAUAAAAAUUUCUGCUAAAUAUAAGUAGGUACAAGUCAUAGGUUCAGGGACCAAAGACAAGACUUUAUCGCUCUAUUUAUUAAUGCGAUCAUCCGAACGCUUGAUAAUUUAAGUAAAGAAUACCGAUGCAGUUCACUGUAUAUACGAUGCGUCAAAGUUGCGUGUAACAACGUUUUCGCUUAUCUACAAAUGCUUCUUCGCUGAAUUCAACCGAAGAAUUCAAUUGCAGCAUCGUGAAUAUGUUCGACAUAUUUUAUUUAUGUAGAAUUUUACCAUGAUCUAUGUUCCUCACACGCAAAUAUAUCAGUAAUAAUAUUCUUUAAACGAAAUAAUAUUUAUAAGAAAUCGCAGUUACUGUAAUUAUUAUGAUCAUUGUUAUUGUUGUUGUUAUUGUUAUAAAAGACAGUGUAAAGUUUAAACGAACUUCAGGGAUAAGAAACCAGUCGGGUCUGAAACUUCUUCACUCUCAUUUACAAUGCGUGAUUUUAUUUACCAUCGCUGUGAAUAAUUUUAUUAAUAUUCUUGCUGUGAAACAUUAGAUCCACAGAGGUAUAAAAAUUUAUUUAUUUAUUUUACAUAAAUUACAGAUACGAGAUGACAUAUAUAUUUUUUGUUUUCUUCUUGAAUCCUUUCAUUGCAUACACGCCAUUUUUACAAGUUGAUAUUAUAAAGUAAUUUAUAUUAUGAUUUUAAUUAUAGUUUUAAUUGUUUUAAAUUUCCAAAGUGACUUUUAAGUUAAAUUUUAAUUUCAAUUAAAAUUCAUUAUUUGUUAUUAUAUAAUAUAACAAAUAAUGCUAUAAAAAAAAAAUGAAUUCCACUGGGUAAAUGCGAAAGACAGAUUUAUUAAGCCAUACAGAAUGUCGCUAAUUAAAUAUUAGAGGUUUCUAACACAAGUAGAAAUGUAGAGCUAUUUGCGAAACGGUAAUGGAAAAUUUGAUAAGAAUCUAUCGAACUAGUACACUUACAUUCCAGAAAUUAAUUUAGAAGAGAGCAUUUGACGAGUCACUUAUUUAAUUAGUAACACUGCUGUAAAUAACCGAUUCUUAUGUUAUCUGUUGGAUAUAAAACUACAUGGCCAUAAAUUUUAACAAAUAAUUUUGCUUGCGUAUUCCAAUUGUGACUAAUAAUAUUAAGGAAUUCGGCUUUAAUAUAGAAAACUCACUAUUCGAAGAUUAAAAACAGCGAGCAAAAAAUAAAACAUUUUAAGGAUGUAUCAUCCAUAUAGUCCCUGAAAAGUAAAUUGAAAAUUAAAAUGUAUUUGUGUUUAAAACACAAUGGCAGGGAUUUUAAUUUUUUUUAUAUAUGUAUCUGUUUUAAGUAUUCGAGAUGCGAUUUAUGCAAAUUUUAUUUAUUUCUGUAAAUAAAUACGUAAAUUUUGUUUAUUUAUACAAUUCUCUGUAUCGCAAUAAAAUUUAUAAUUAUUUGGAAACUUUCAAAAUUUAUGUAAAAAAUUUAGAUUUUUGUUGUUAUUUUUUAAUUACAUUUCUAUUAGAAUACAUCUCUAUUUUUUAUUGGAAUAAUUAGAAUAAAUAGACAUUUUUGUGAUUCAGGUAUAAAGUCAUUGUCAAAUUUUUGUAUUACUUUCAAAUGCAUCAUAGGACAAUCUUAAAUUUUUCCAUAAUUUUUUCAUUAAUUUGAAAAUAUGCGUGAUAUAUUCUUAAUUCCGUUUAUACAUUUUGCUACUUGUAAGCAAUUCUGUAUUUAUAUAGAUAUAUUAUAAAAGCUUUGUUUCGCUUAAGCAUGGCUCCCAUAGUAAAAAUGAAAAGUAAUUGAAAGAAGUGCGCCGACUGAGAACCACAAUACAAAGAACUUGAAUAGUUAUAAAUGACACUAUAAUGCUACGUAAUAUUCGACAGUUAAGAUCAGACCUCACCUGCGAUUCGAUUUUAAAAUUAAAUUCGCGAUGCUGAAGCAUAAAUUGCGAAAAAGAAAAAGAGAUUCACAUGUAUUCUAAAUAUUUUAUAUAUACAUGUUCGCGUGAAAUAUUUAUAUAUUUUACCGUGAGCGGUACAAAGAAAAUGAUCGAAAAAAGGCCAAGAAAAAUGAAACGCUAUAUUGCUAUUUUCAUACAAUCGCAUAUUGCGCUGUCUCUUAAUCAUUCUCAACGAUGCCUUACUCUGAGGUCUGUUUUUAUUAAAAAAAUGUUUCUCAUCGAAUGCGUUAAUCAAACUACUUUUGUGAUGGCGAAAAAGCUUUCGUUUGUGCUCACCUUUUUUCUCAGUCACAAGAAAAACUCGAGCCGUUUCGCCUGAGUCUCAGCACAAUUAUCUAUUACUAAGAGACAUACGGAGCAUUCGACGCAUUUGCUGUUGCUGAAAGUACAAAGAGAAUAAAAGACAAGCCAUUGCUUCUAAGUCCACAUAUUGUAACAUGUAUUAUAUUCGCAUUAACACUUUGCAUGUGUUACCUAUGCGCAUAUUUUUUAACGAUAAGCAUACGUAUUCAGUGUUGAGCAUUAAUCGAUUAAUUUAUUUGUUAAAACGAUUGACUAAAAUUUGAAAUAUACACAAUUAUGAUUCAUGUAAACAAUUAAAUUAAUUGUCAAAUGAUUUUAUAUAAUUAAUCGGUUAAGUUUUCGCCUGACUAAAGUAAUCGAAAGUAAAAAUUAAUGAUAAGCCUAAUCACGAUUAAUUUAAUCGAUUAAUAAAAUAAAUCAAUUAAUGUUGAUUAAGAAAAAAUAAUCGUUAAUUAAUUUUUAUAAUCAUGUUUUAAAAUAUAUAUUUGUAAUUUUUAAGAAUAUAAAGAACGUGUUUGUUAUAUUGAAAAGAUGUUCAAAUCGAUAUUAAUUAAUCAAUUUAUUUUAUUUAUUACAUUAAUCAAUUUUAUUCAGCUAUACUUCAGUGAUUAACGAUUAAUUUUUUAAUCAACAAUAGUUAAUUAUUUUCAAUGAAUCACAAUUACAUACAAUAACCUAUUUAAAUCUCUUACUAAUUAAAAAUACAAUUUUUAGUUGUAAUUAUUAAUAUAUUAUAGAUUAAAUUUUGCCCAACACUGGAUCGCCGACAACGAUUAACGACGCGCCUUUAUAAUGUACAAUAUAUAGCCUUUCUUCGAAUUAUUAAUGGAUUGCGUACUGUUUUAUACUCCUUUUUAUUUUAGCAGUCAACUCACGUGACACAUCAAGCAGGAGAGCAAUCCGACGAGACCGAAUAUAAAAUCAAAAAAACGACGCGCCACGAUUUUAUUGUCUUAAGUACUUUUUUAUGAAACCUAUCAUUGAUAAUUGAUACUUAGAGAUUGUAAUCGCAACGAGAUAGAUGCGCAAGAGCAGUUUGUCGCAUAGGAAACAGGUGCAUGUUGAAGAAUUGACUGAAGAUUAAACAUAGAUAGCGGAGCGCGACAUUUUAAUCUCUUCGUACACACGAUUAUCUCUGAAAAAUUGCAAUGGUAACUGUUCGGAAAAGUUAUUAAUGAUCAAAGUUACUUUCGUAAGGUACCUCUUACUAUCUCUUUGUACAUCAAAGUCGUUUGCGAGAUUUAAUGAAAAUAAAUAAAUAAAAAUUACUAAUCUCAAGAACGAUCGUAUCCAGGACAAAACUUUUAUCAAUCACAAAAUGUUCCCUUCAAAGAAGGAAGACGACGCUUCUUAACUUUGAUCUAAUACGGAGUUUUUAAACAAUCGAAUGUAAUUGCUAGAAGAAAUUGAAAUGAGAACGCUCUAUGAACAUCUUACUGUAAAACGACAAAAUAGAAAUUUUCUAAAGUAAUUGUAAAUUAGAUUUGACAACACGAUGAGUAAAUCCACUGAAACGCCUUUGAUACUGUCGAAGUAAUAAAAGGGGAAAACAAAAUGAACUAUAUCUGUGAGGCAGGGGAAAUCGUGUAUGCUGUUACAGUGUAAUAAAAAACUUUAUUCUAGCUA